GUAGCACUUCCGGAGGUAGCACUUCCGGUGGGCAUGCGCAGAAGACAAAGCGUGCUUCAACCCCAAGGAAACGACCAUGUCGUUGCUGUUGAGGUCAGUUGUGCGACAGCAGUGUCUGUUCCAGCGGCCAUUUACUCUCCUUAAUACAAGAAUUCCUGCUGUGAUGGCCUCCACUUCAGAACGGUCGUAUGAAGACAUGAAAUAUUUCUGGGAGAAAAAUAAACGCCUGAAGAGGCCAAUGUCCCCUCAUCUGACCAUCUACAAACCGCAGCUGACAUCUAUUUUGUCCGUGGCUCACCGUGCAACUGGAAUCGUCCUUUCUGCUGGUAUGACCGGCAUGGCCUUAGGGGUUUUAGUUUUACCUCAUGACUUCCCUCACUAUGUUGACAUGGUGAAACAGAUGAAUUUGAACCCUAAUAUAAUCAUUGCGGCCAAGUACACAGUGAUAUUUCCUAUGUUAUAUCACUUAUUCAAUGGCCUCAGGCAUUUGGCCUGGGACUGGGCAACUGGCUUCAAACUGAAUACUCUCUACAUGAGUGGUUACCUGGUGGUUGGUUUAUCUUUUGUAUUCACUGCAGCUAUUGUUCACCUUCUUUAAAUAUUGGCUUUUUACAUUGGGUCAGGUUUAUCUCUUAAUAAAAUUACUUUCUUCUGUUAAAA